AUGGCGCGCUCGACCUUCGCGAUGACCCUGGUGAUGCUGAUGCUUCCAGCAACGGCUCUCCGGAACAAGGAUGACGCCGUCACCAUGCAGGCCGGGAUCUCAGAAGCUCGCGAUCCAGAGGCGGAGCUUUCUUCCUGGCUCCUUGAAGUGGGGCUGAGCUAUGCGGAUGCGGGGUGGUCGCGGAACCUGAAGACUUGUGGCGCCACCCUGCCGUAUCUGAAGAAGUUGUACCAGGAGCUCACAGGUGGUCUUGCCCUCCCCCAGGGUGAUGCCAUUCCGAAGAUGUUUGACUACGCGAAGAAGGCGCUGGACCCGGCCCAGCUCAGCAACAUGUUUUGGGUGCUCCAUGAUUGUAACGUCGAAAAAGGCCUCUGCCUUUACAAGGAGGAGGCUCUGUCGCGAGCUCCCGGGCUUCUCGAGAUGGGGACCUCCUCCAAAGAGCUCUUGAAGCUCUACAACUUCUUGACCGAUGACAUCGAGCGUCCGAAGAAGGAAGCAAUGGAGGUGGCCGCCGCCGGCUGCGAAGCG